AUGCAACUCUCAACGCUCCUCCUCGCAUGCGCAAGCAUUGCAAGCACGACUGUCGGAGCCACCACGAUCGGGCUGAAAGGACUUGCCAGCAAAGAAGUCAACUUCGCCUGCAUCAAGACACAGCCCGAGUACACGGCCCUCAUGCCCAAGUGCGCACAGUACUGCCACGGGCUCGCCCUCACCACCAACGGUUGCGCGCGCGACGACCACAUCUGCCACUGCAAGAACUUCAGCAAGACGGCGCAGAUCAUCGAGCCCUGCAUAUUCGGGCCCAACCCUGGUCCCGCCGGGCCCUGCACGAACGACGAGAUUUCGCAGUUUGCUGGCAUGGGCGCCAAGUAUUGCACCUUCUGGAACCAGACGGCGAACGAUGCCAUCCAGGGAAAGUUCAGGGAGAACGCGCUCACUUGCAAGAUCAAGGGUAUACUCGGUUGA